AUGUACCUUGAUGACUUGACCAUUUACUGCGCCACCAAGGCGUCUGUCCGCUCCUUCACUGAUACGAUAAGAAAGGAGCUUAUCAGCACGAGAAUUCGUGUUAUUGAAAUCGAUCCUGGUCAAGUUGAGACGGAGUUCUCUGUUGUGCGAUCCAAUGGAGACAAGUCCAAGGCUGAUGCCGUUUACAAUUAA